UUUUAUAUGGAUCAAGAAGCUCAGAUAGAUCUCAAAACUGAGUCACAAGUUAUUCAACCAAAUGAUGAUUUAUUGAUAUAUCUACAGACCAUAUAUCAUCUAAAUUUAAAUGAUUUCAAAGAGUCAAUCUAUCAAAUGAAAUUACUAUUAACUAAUCAAAGAUAAGCGUAAUUUGAUUUAAAAUAUUCACAGAUUCUAGGCCCUAUAAUGGAAUUAUGGUAAUAUGUAAUAAUACAUACUUUAGAAAUAUAGUUGAGAUAGCCGAACAAUAUUUCUUUUCUAUUACUAAUUUUAAUAUUUUAGUUGUUAGUUGUAUUCAUUUAUUCUAUAUUCUAUUUAAAACAUGCUUUUAUUAUUGCAUUAUUUAAACAUUUUACAAUUAAUGCUUUUUAUGGGUAUUCAGUAGUUUAUUUGCUAAAGAGAUUUAUACCUCAAUCAUAAUUUCAUCUAAUAUUUGCUUUAGAAGCAUUCCUCUAUUCGCUAUUUUUAUUUACCAUUUACAAUUAUUUAUGCUUAGUAAUUACACAUUCAAUAUUCUUUAGUUCAUUAUCAAAUUAUUAAUCAUAAGUCCAUUAGAAGUAAAUAAUAUGCUUAACCUAUUUGCAAAUUAUUAAUUUUAUUACAGUAUUUUUAAGCAAAUUUCUAGUAAAACUAAUAACUUAACAUUUUUAGGUAUCAAUAAAAUAAAGUAACCUGAAUAUUUGUUAAUACCCAUUGGAUUUUAAGUGAUUAUCUUUUUUGCAUUUUGUUUGAUACGUAUUGAUUAUUUCAAUAUAAUGGUGGACAUUUUAUUAUGA